CGGGGAGAUGUCACUUCGUGUCCGCGACGCGCGACGGUAGGCGCCCCUGCCUGCGACCGACGCCGACGCCGACGCCGACGCCGACCUGGUCCGAAGUGGAUAAAGUGCGGACACCAACGGCGAGCGAGCGGGGGGUAGAUCUCGAACAUCUCCCCGUGGGAUCUCCCCGUGGAGAAGAGAUUCGGAUCGGAUUCGCGCCUUUCCCGUCUCGCGACACGACUCGUCUCGUCUCUUCCGUCUCGAUGUUGAACGCCGAUGAUUCGACGCCGGUGAGCGAUCGUCUGCGAGGCGGGAGCCUCCUAUCUCUACGGGACAAGAUUCAUCCCAUCCGGCUAUAAAGGAAAGAAAGAAAGAAAGAAAGAAAGAAAAAAGAUCCCGUUCGCUGCGCGGUGCUUAAAAUUCGCGAGAAAGUCGGGAACGCGGAUCCACACCGGAUAUACAUCCGUUUUACGAUGCGAGCGAGAACGUAACGUCGCCGGAGGACGAGGAUAGAACGAGCCCGUAUCCUUCGUCUUGACAUCCUGGGUCCGGAGACUCGCUCGACGCGCAUCUCGCUUCCGAGUAACGCCGAUACCAUCUGUACAUCCGUAUCCCGCGGGUUCGUAUCCCGCGUUACGUAACAUGGUAGAGAGCACUUAUGCGAGCGACUCGCCGAGAUCACGCUCGCCCAUGACGGAGCCGUCGAGUCCGCUGCACUCGGAUGGUCCCGGUAUAUCCGGCUACGGCCACAGCUAUCUGUACAGCUAUUCGCCGGACGCGCAGAACCACAUAUCGGUGGUGACGAGACGCAACAAUCAGAACGAGACGGGCGCCGAUGCCACGCACGAGCGCACGUUCGCCAGGAGUCCGAUCGGCACGGAGGAGACGAUGCCACGGCACCGUCACGGCGUUCGCGAACCGGUCGUCCCCUCGCGACCCUCGACCGGCACCUCCGCCUCCACCAUGUCGUCCCCCACCUCACUCUUCACCAUCGACAGCAUCCUGGCACCGAGGCCGAUCGGCAGCGUCGUUGCACCCACGAGCACCACCACCAUCGCCGCAUCCGUGAUCCAGACGCCGGAGACGAUCGAUUCGGUCGCCGGCCGCACCACCGCAACGAUGCAUCCGUUGCAACAGCAGCUGCAUCACUUGGCGUUCACCUCGGCGGAUUUUCUCGCCGCGGCAUAUCCGGGACUGUAUCCCGGAGGAUACGUGGCGGCGAUGGCCGCCGCCGGCGUUUCCCUUCACGGACAGCCGGCUUUUUAUCAUGCCGGUCAUCCUUAUCAAAUAAAUCCCAACAAUCCGGGAAUGGGUCCAAUGGCGAAAAGAAAACGUCGCCAUCGAACGAUCUUCACGGAGGAGCAAUUGGAACAAUUGGAGGCCACCUUCGACAAGACUCAUUAUCCUGAUGUGCUCCUGCGAGAACAGCUGGCUCUCCAGGUCGACCUCAAGGAAGAAAGGAUCGAGGUAUGGUUUAAGAAUCGUCGCGCCAAGUGGCGGAAGCAGAAGCGGGAGGAACAGGACCGCAUCCGGAAGCUGCAGCUGGAGCAGCGUCAGCGUACCGACGAUGGUGGCACCGCGACGACGGUGAUGGUAGGCGAUCGUCUGGGUCUGAAUAGACAGCAGCAGCAGCAGCAUCAGCAGAAGCUCGAGCAGGACACGGACAGCUCCGACCUCGAGGUAGCGUAGUGCGGCCGUGGUGACGAUGAGACACGAGUCUCGUCCAUCGGUAAAUCGAGGAGAUCGAGGACGACGGAAGACGGCCCGGUGCUUUCACGCUCUUAUCGACAAUGUGUAUGGGCAUGUACAUACGUGACUGUGUUGUAAAUACCAUUGUAAAUAUGACUAACGAUGAAUGUGUACAAUACCGAAAUAAAUUAUUGCAUUGAAGCA